GGUUUUAAUGCGUCAGCUAUUCUUGGGAAUGACAUCAAGUACUUGGAAAACUUAACUUCAUUUUUGGAGCCAGUGAUCAAUAGUUCGGUCCGUAGUAGGUUUGUGAGGUGUUGGCACGCUAAAGAGAACGGCUGGGCGGCGUCUACGUUCCACGGCAACUGUUGUGACAAGGGACCCACUGUUACUAUCAUUCAAGUCGGCAGUUUCAUAUUUGGUGGAUACAGUGACGUAUCCUGGAAAAGCCCACCGGGUGAGUACAUGUACUAGGAAAACCAGGACUAUCGUUUGUUGUUUGUUUAUGACUCAAAACGUAGGAAAGACGUACCUCGGGCCCCCAUUAGGCCAUUUUCAUAAUGACGUCCAUUAACUAAAACUGUCAAAAUUUAUUUCAUUUCUUCUACCAAAAUUCAAAUCAAGUUAUCCCAGAACGUUUAAAUAAUAACAGCUUUAAUUUGCACAAGAAACAAAAUCUUAAAGACUUUGGUAGCGGGGCAGUGGCGGAUCCAGAACUUGCGAUAAGGGAGGGGCCCGGUCAUCCAGACCUUGAGAUAAGGGAGGGGCCCGGUCAUCCAGACCUUGAGAUAAGGGCGGGGCCCGGUCAUCCAGACCUUGAGAUAAGGGCGGGGCCCGGUCAUCCAGACCUUGAGAUAAGGGCGGGGCCCGGUCAUCCAGACCUUGAGAUAAGGGCGGGGCCCGGUCAUCCAGACCUUGAGAUAAGGGAGGGGCCCGGUCAUCCAGACCUUGAGAUAAGGGAGGGGCCCGGUCAUCCAGACCUUGAGAUAAGGGCGGGGCCCGGUCAUCCAGACCUUGAGAUAAGGGCGGGGCCCGGUCAUCCAGACCUUGAGAUAAGGGAGGGGCCCGGUCAUCCAGACCUUGAGAUAAGGGCGGGGCCCGGUCAUCCAGACCUUGAGAUAAGGGAGGGGCCCGGUCAUCCAGACCUUGAGAUAAGGGAGGGGCCCGGUCAUCCAGACCUUGAGAUAAGGGAGGGGCCCGGUCAUCCAGACCUUGAGAUAAGGGAGGGGCCCGGUCAUCCAGACCUUGAGAUAAGGGAGGGGCCCGGUCAUCCAGACCUUGAGAUAAGGGAGGGGCCCGGUCAUCCAGACCUUGAGAUAAGGGCGGGGCCCGGUCAUCCAGACCUUGAGAUAAGGGAGGGGCCCGGUCAUCCAGACCUUGAGAUAAGGGAGGGGCCCGGUCAUCCAGACCUUGAGAUAAGGGAGGGGCCCGGUCAUCCAGACCUUGAGAUAAGGGAAGGCCCGGUCUCAAAAAAAAAUUUUUCGGCCCCUCGGGCCUCGGUUUGGUCUAACAAUAAGUGGAGGGUCCGGGCCCCCCAGACCCCUCACCUGGAUCCGCAACUGCAAGGGGUUUACUAUUACAACCAUUGGCGGAUCUAGGGGGAGGGUUGGAGGGGCAGUCCGGUCCCCCAUCAAUAUAUCCGUCAGAUAGGAAAAAAUAAUUUGUUUUGAUGGUCCCGGCCCAAUUUUGCUGAGUUAUACGGUGUAGGAUACGACAGAAAAUUUGUACAAAACCAAUGACAUGUAGUUUCAUCCAUGAACAUUCAUGAGCGAAAAUUUUAUACAAAUAUAGCGGCAAUGCGCGGACUUUUUAGGGUUGUCCGUCUUGAUUACAUGACGAUUCCUAGAGGUUGAAUUUUUAUGUGUCCAGCCGGUUUCGCUUAGUAAGGUGAGUAAGAAUGUAAAAAGUUUUUGUUUAUCUCCUAGUUUGUAUGUAUGGAAAUUCAAGUAAAGCCUUCAUCUACUCACUGAACAAUGACAACGGUUCUGGACACGCUGUGUACAAUCCUGUUAAGCUGCAAGUCCGGUCAUAUAGGCACUCUUACGCUGUAUACUUGUGUGCUUCAACUGGACCAAUAUUUGGCAGACGCGACAUAUAUAUAUCAAACUACUCUGCAAGUAACCAGGAUUCUUACACUCGAUGUGGUCGAAGCUACCCCUUCCCCCUAGGGGAUUCUUUAUUCUCUUAUUAUCAUUAUCAUUAUCAUUAUUAUUAUCGGCACCGCUGCACAUUCUAUGCCGGAGAGUUUCGCUUCACCCCAACAAAUAUCGAAGUUUUUUACGAAACAACCACUUAA